AUGCAAUCUCAAGGCCCACAUGAAGGACUUCCUGGUCUUAACAGUUUUCAGAGCUUCCUGGACAGAUUCCCGGCACCCCUGCAUCCAGAUUUGUUUAAUGAGCCCACAGGAUAUGAAAAGGCGCUGCAGGAGGUCAAACAAUACGAGGACUUCACGACAAUAGAUUGGGUCCAGGAUGCAGUUCGGGAACGAUAUCGGCAAACGACAAAGAUAUCAGAGGGGAAUAAUUCGUGGACAUCUUAUCUUUACGAAUCUUACGAGGCUGGACAGGCUUGGGUGGUCGUUUCCCUUGUUGGAGUGGUCAUUGGUCUGAAUGCGGCAUUUAUUGCGAUCUGCACAGAGUGGCUUUCGGAUAUCAAACUGGGACACUGCAGCUAUGCCUGGUGGUUGAAUCAAAAGUUCUGCUGUUGGGGCGUCGAAUCAGAAGAUGGAUACUGUGAAGACUGGAGCGCGUGGAGCGGGUUUGCUAUCAUCGAUUACGUCUUCUAUCUCGUCUUCGCAACCUCGUUCGCAGCCUCUGCUGCUUUCCUCGUCAAACGGUACGCUCGUUAUGCCGCAGGAUCGGGUAUUUCAGAGAUCAAAUGCAUUCUAGCUGGGUUCAUCAUGAAGGGAUAUCUGGGAGGCUGGACGCUCAUCAUUAAGAGUCUGGGGCUCGCUAUGUCAGUGGCUGCAAAUCUGAGUGUCGGAAAGGAGGGACCAUCGAUCCACAUUGCGUGUUGUGCAGGACAUGUCGUUUCACGACUGUUUCCAAAGUAUCAGAGGAGCCGCGCUAAAUCAAGAGAGAUUAUCUCUGCGUCGGCUGCAGCUGGAGUCGCUGUUGCGUUCGGAGCACCCAUCGGAGGCGUUCUCUUCUCCUUUGAGGAAAUGAGUAACCACUUUCCAGCAAAGACCAUGUGGAGGAGUUUCUUUUGUGCGUUGGUUGCGACAGCGACACUUCAAACAAUGAACCCAUAUCGCACGGGCAAGCUGGUCAUGUUCCAGGUUUCGUAUGACAGGGAUUGGCACUUUUUCGAAAUUAUCUUUUUUGUUCUCCUCGGCACCUUUGGGGGAUUAUAUGGAGCGAUGAUCAUUAAGUACAAUCUCAAGGUGCAGCAAGUCAGGAAACGAUAUCUUGCCGACUACGGAGUGAUUGAGGCUGCAAGUUUGGCGUUCUUGACCUGCACAUUCGCUUACUGGAACAUCUUUAUGAAAAUCGAUAUGGCAGAGUCGAUGAACAUUCUUUUCCGUGAGUGCGAGGGAUCAGAGGAUUACAUGGGACUUUGCAAGCCAGAAAACACAUGGAAGAUGGUUGCGCUUUUGUUCUUUGCCCUUGUCAUGCGUGUCGUCACAUGUACCAUUUCCUAUGGCGCCAAGGUCCCUGCAGGAAUUUUUGUCCCGUCCAUGGCAAUCGGAGCUUUGUUUGGGCGAAUGCUUGGAUUGAUUGUCAGAGCGGCUCAAGUAGCAUACCCAGGAUUCUUUUUGUUCUCGAGCUGCAAGCCGGAUGUGCCAUGCAUCACACCUGGCACGUAUGCUUUUUUGGGCGCGGCAGCAGCACUGGGAGGUGUUAUGCGGUUGACCGUUUGCGUGGUUGUAAUCAUGUUCGAAUUGACCGGUGCCCUGAACUAUAUCCUACCUACAAUGAUCACGCUGAUGGUGACCAAGACUGUGGGCGAUUACUUUGGAAGAGGAGGUAUCGCAGAUCGGUACAUUCGGUUGAACGGAUACCCGUUUCUGGACAAGGAAGAGCAUAUCUUUGGCAUUGCAGUCGGACAAGUGAUGCAGAAGGACGUCACAGUCUUGCCUGCGUCGGGUACUCGUCUGGACCGUGUUGAAAGGCUGCUGGCGGACACCAACUAUCAAGGAUUCCCGGUCGUGGAGGACUCAACCUCACGAACAUUGAUUGGAUACAUUGGACGGUCCGAGCUUCGAUAUGUGAUCGACAAGGCCAAACGAACCCGGAACGUCUCUCCGAUGGCGCAUUGCUUUUUCCGGCCUGGAAGCAUGGAGUCACGGCAGCAUAUGGACCAGAGCACUGUGAGCGGGAUGGGCGGUUUGGAUCAAGAUGUGGCGUCCUCGAUGCGACCCAGGAGCUUUCAUUCUGGAGGCAAUAUGGACUCUGCAGGAGGCGUUGGUACCGGGGAGAGAAGCGAGAGCGAGACCAACUAUGUGGACUUUGGGCCAUUCAUUGACCAGACGCCGAUUGCUGUACACCCAAAACUGCCUCUGGAGACCGUUAUGGAGUUCUUCAAGAAGAUGGGGCCUCGCGUGAUCCUGAUCGAGCACCAGGGCAAGCUUGUUGGACUGAUCACGAUCAAGGAUCUCUUGAAGUACAUCACAAGGACCGAGGCAUUGGACGAAGAGGAGGAUGAGAUGGAGGUCCCUGGUGGAGGAUAUCGCAGAAGCGAGGGGGACUCGGACUGGUCGCCGAGACAAUGGUGGUCGUCAGGAAAUAACCAGCGACAGGAUCAGCAUGCAAAUGGACACGGAUACGGUAAUGGUCACAGUCCUAGCUUUGGUCAUGAAGGUAUGCGUGGAGGCAGCCUUGGCGGUGGGCAUAAUCGAGGAGUUCCAUCAUCAGCUGGAUCUUUAUCGGGUUAUGGCAAGCCUGGGGCUGGACAGUACGCACCAAAGACGGCGAUUAAUCGGCCGGGACGAAGCCCGAGUGUUGGAGGCACGACUCUUGCCAGCUCUAUAGGAUCGUUCAGAGAUAGGAUCGAGCUGGUAGAGGGCUCGCAGCAACAGCAGCAGCAGCAUUUGUUAGAUGACCACGAUGUGUUGUUUGAUCAUAGCGGGUAUUUAGAUGGCGAUGAUCUUGAUGACCAGGACGAAGACGAGGUUCAAUUGCCUAGGCAUGGUUAA